AUGAUCAAUUACAUGCCGUCGUUUUGUUUAAUGGGGAAAAACAGCAAAACUAUAACCAAAUUGUGCCCUUUGUGUGAAAUACAGGUAGCUGUUGCCUGCAAAAGCUGCCCAGGCUGUAAGCAUUCAUUUCACAAUACUAAACGGUUGUCUUUAGCCCAAGCUUUACACUACACUGACGCAUUUGCACUUGCUAGCAGAAGAAGAACAGAAAGAGUUAAAAGAGAAAAGCCUAAUUACUAUGAUUCUUCAGAAUUUGAAAAAAAAGUAUCCAAAAAAAGACAUGAAAGGAACUCAAUAGAUCAUAGAGAAGAUCAUUGUCGCCCACAGCUUCAAACAUUUAAGAAAAAAAGAAAGAAAAAAAUCAUGAAGUCUAUGAAGGAGGAAGAUGAAGAAAUAGCCAUUACGUUAACGAAUGAUAAAAUGAAGCAAUGUUCGAUAAUUUUAGCAGAAUUGAAUAGAAAAAUGUAUACCACUACCUGGAGGAGAUAG